GUCAGAGCAUGUACCUUUUUUUUUAGGUAAUCAGAACUGCAUCCUGCCUGAUUAACCUCAAAAAUUCUAAAAAAUGAGGAUCUCUGCCUGAUAGAUUGGCUCCUGAAAGGAGGAAUUAUUUUUAUUUUUCAGCUCUAGAAUUAUUUUUAUUUUUUGGAGUAGUUUCUGAUUAAACUUCUUGGCUCAAGAAGAAAAGAAGGUAGUUGUUUUUCACAUAGGAGUGGAGUUGUGGUUUGGCCUUUCCAUGGCUUCCUGCCGUGAGUGGGACCCCAAGGUGCUGGUGGCCAUUGUGUGUGGACUGCUGACGACCACUGUUUUGGGACUGGGCAUUUGGAGGGCCAUAAUCAGGAUCCAGAGAGGAACAUUUACCGUCGAGGCAAGUGUCCCUAUAGAGUUCUGCAGGAAUGGUGGGACCUGGGAAAAUGGCAGAUGUACUUGUCCAGAGGAAUGGAAAGGAUUGAGAUGUACCAUCACUAAUUUCUGUGAAAACAGUACCUUUGAGGAUUUUACUUUUGCCAGAAUUCCAGUGGGAAGAUACGGAACUUCCUUGCAAACAUGUGACGAGAUCACGCCAAAUGCGGGCAGACCAAAGGCAACCCGGCUGUGCAAUAUUACUACAUAUGGAGAGAUAGUAUUAGAAAAGGUGACAAUAGGAAAUUGCAAUGAAAAUCUGGAAACCCUGGAAAAGCAGAUAGUCAAUAUCUCAAAAGAGUCUAACAAUAUUUCUGCUGAAGCCCAAAUUUUAACAUCUGAUGCCAAUAGAUUAACUCCUGACAACCUCACUUCUGCUACUAGAGUGGCUGGACAGAUCUUCAACGCAUCCAGAUAUGCUUCAACUGAGGCAAAACGAGUGGCUGUUACAACAGUGAGUCAACUUCUAGAUGCCAGUGAUGACGUUUUUCAAAGAGCUGCUGCUGCUGAUAAUACUAAUAGUUUUGCAACACUUGUUGAGCAAAUGGAAGAUUAUUCCUUGUCUUUGGGUAAUGAGUCAGUGGUGAGCCCUAAUCUAGCAGUAAAGUCCGUUAAUUUUUCUUCCAAAGACACUGUGGGAUCUACUGAUGUUCUCUUCACUGUGACGAAAGGAAGUAGUGAUUCUUUUGUUUCUAGUUCCAUAUCUGUGAACAUAAACAAUAAAGUGCUUGAACCAAAUGAACAGACUGAACUUCAGAUCUUGCUCAGCUCGGAAGGUAACAGUCAGGCAUGUGGUUUUGUAGUGUAUCAAAACAACAAGCUUUUCCAAUCAAAAACCUUUAAAGCUAAAUCAAAUUUUACUCAAAAAAUUAUCUCAAGCAGCACUAAGAAAAUUGAGAGAGCUCCAAGUACUGUUAAAAUGGUCUUUAGUCCAAAGUAUAACCAACAAGAAUUCCAACUCCAUUCCUAUGCCUGUGUCUAUUGGAAUUUUUACAAGAAGGAUUGGGACACAUACGGCUGUCAAAAAGUCAGUAGCACUGAUAAAUUCCUGAACUGCUCCUGCAACCAUACUACUAAUUUUGCUGUAUUAAUGAGUUUCAGAAAGACAUAUAAAUAUCCUGAAUCACUAGACAUAAUGUCCAACGUUGGAUGUGCACUGUCCAUUACCGGUCUGGCUCUCACAAUUGUAUUUCAGAUUGUCACCAGACGAAUCUCUAGAUUAUUAUGUUGUUAUGUCCUAUGCAGACUUGUUGAGCAAAUGGAAGAUUAUUCCUUGUCUUUGGGUAAUGAGUCAGUGGUGAGCCCUAAUCUAGCAGUAAAGUCCGUUAAUUUUUCUUCCAAAGACACUGUGGGAUCUACUGAUGUUCUCUUCACUGUGACGAAAGGAAGUAGUGAUUCUUUUGUUUCUAGUUCCAUAUCUGUGAACAUAAACAAUAAAGUGCUUGAACCAAAUGAACAGACUGAACUUCAGAUCUUGCUCAGCUCGGAAGGUAACAGUCAGGCAUGUGGUUUUGUAGUGUAUCAAAACAACAAGCUUUUCCAAUCAAAAACCUUUAAAGCUAAAUCAAAUUUUACUCAAAAAAUUAUCUCAAGCAGCACUAAGAAAAUUGAGAGAGCUCCAAGUACUGUUAAAAUGGUCUUUAGUCCAAAGUAUAACCAACAAGAAUUCCAACUCCAUUCCUAUGCCUGUGUCUAUUGGAAUUUUUACAAGAAGGAUUGGGACACAUACGGCUGUCAAAAAGUCAGUAGCACUGAUAAAUUCCUGAACUGCUCCUGCAACCAUACUACUAAUUUUGCUGUAUUAAUGAGUUUCAGAAAGACAUAUAAAUAUCCUGAAUCACUAGACAUAAUGUCCAACGUUGGAUGUGCACUGUCCAUUACCGGUCUGGCUCUCACAAUUGUAUUUCAGAUUGUCACCAGGAAAGGCAGAAAAACCUCAGUAACCUGGGUAUUGGUCAGUCUGUGCAUGUCAAUGUUGAUUUUUAAUCUCUUCUUUGUGUUUGGAAUUGAAAACUCCAAUAAGAACUUAAAGACAAGUGAUACCAGCAUUAAUGACAAUAAGAAUGAAGUGCCUGCACAAGACAUUAUAGUCUACUCCAAUCCCACAUGCACUGUGAUUGCUGCCUUGAUGCAUUAUUUUCUGUUAGCAACAUUCACCUGGUCUGGACUCAACGCUGCACAGCUCUAUUUCCUUCUAAUUCGGACCAUGAAACCACUUCCUCAACGUUUCACUCUGUUCAUCUCUUUAAUUGGAUGGGGAGUCCCUGCGGUAGUGGUAGCUUUGACAGUGGGAAUUAUUUAUUCUCUGAAUGGGAAUGAUCUACAAUGGGAGUUUGAGUAUCGGCAAGAGGAAAUAUGCUGGCUGGCAAUUUCAACAAGCAAUGGCUUUAUAACAGUUCCAUUCUUGUGGUCAUUCCUUGUACCUGUGACCAUUAUUCUCAUCAGCAAUGUUGUUAUAUUUAUUAUCAUCACGGUCAAAGUCCUGUGGAAGAAUAACCAGAACCUGACAAGCACAAAAAAGAUUUCAUCCCUAAAGAAGAUUCUUAGCACAUUAUCUAUUGCAGUCGUUUCUGGAAUUACCUGGGUUCUGGCAUACCUUAUGCUAAUUGAAAAUGAGAACGUCAGGAUCAUCUUCAGCUACAUGUUCUGCCUUUUCAACACUACUCAGGGAUUGCAAAUUUUUAUCCUCUACACUGUCAGAACAAAAAUCUUCCAGAGUGAAGCUUCCAAAGUAUUGAAUUUGCUGUCAUCGUCCACUAGCAGAGUGAAGUCGCUGCCAUCAGUGAUCUCAAUGAGGCUGAGUGACAGGAUGUAUAACCUACUCUCGUCAUCUCCAACCCUACGUGAAUACUUUAGGUUGCUGGACCCAUCUGUAGUUACUGAGGAAACAACAUUGUCUGAAAGUGACCAAGCAAACACAAGCAUCUAGAAAGUAAAACUGUUGCCUUUUGUGGUCCUCUUUUCAUUCAAUUCGAUGUGUUUUGCUUUUUCUGUUUUCUUCCUUAAUUACCCAGUUCUCCCAGAAAGUCACCCACAAUAUAUUUUGCUCAAGGUAAGAAGUAGAUAAAACCAGUUGUUUAUUACCAUCAGGGAUAAUGGAUUCGGUAGUUUUUCUGUUUUUCAAUAGAUUCUUACCCAAAUGAGAUGAAGAAUUCUACCCAGCAUUCAAGAUAAUGUUAUCAUGCUCCUUACAACCUAAAGUCUAUGUGACAAACUUUGAUAACAAUGUAAAAUCUAAAACAAAUUCUUUUGCAAUUUAUUAAAAAUGAUGUGAGGAGAAAAAUUUAACUUCCUGAACAAAAUGACUCCCGAUUAACGUUGCAAGUAGUUGCUUGUAUGUGCCAUACCUUGACCCGCUGUUAUUUUAAAUUCGUAGGUGCUUGCUCUGCCUUUCAUUUCCAGUUAAGAAUUCUGUAUCAAUGUAAGUUUUUGGAACAGGUUUUUUUUCUUUCUGUUAAGAAAAUCAAACAUGCUUUGUGACGAGGGGAAUUGGCUUUGUAAGAAAUCGUCAGUGAGAAAUAGAAAGAUUGGCUGGUUACUAAAGUCUCUAGGUGUUUCCUUCCAGUUCUUGAUGUAUCUUCCCUUUUAUUGAUGAAAUGACACGGAGAAUCACAAAAUGAAAAGUUCGGCACAAUCACCCCUUAUGGCUUUUAAAAGACUGAUGUACUCAUGGAAUAUCAAACACUUGAAUUAUGAGUGGCUUCCUAAAUAGAACACGAUCCCCACUCUGGUGAGGAGCACUCCCUCUGGACUUGAGAGGUGAUUAGUCUUUGAAUUGCUCUGUUCUGUUUUGUCAUAAGCUAGGCGGCUGCUGAGUACACUGAACAAAGGGACUAACAAAUGUCAUGUGGGCUGCAGAACCACAUCACACCACAUUCUCACCGCACCCUAAAGAGCAUGUGUUUUUUAAUAGAAAUGGUUGUAAAUGACUGUUGAAUUCCUGGGCAAGCCAAUAACCUAUUGCACUGUAGUGUGAUUGAGUCCUUAGAAGAUAAUGGAAAAAAGUAAAGGGAAGAGGAUAAAGAAGACAAGCAGUUCUCAGAGGUCAAUGCUUUUAGUGGUCAUAUUGUAGUGCUAUCGCUAGAUGGGGGCUGCACACUGGGGAAACUAUAAGAUGUGGUUGACCUACACUGUAUCCUGAAAUUUGUUCCAUGCAGACUAAAAUAAACCUUAAGUAAGGGCCACUUUAAAUGUGAAAAAAAAAACACCAAAGAGCUACUUUUAGCCUGAGAGUGGAGUAUAUAUUCCUUUGGUGAUUUAGUUUUCUUUGCACUUUUUUCAGCAUCCUUGGGGGGUUAGCAACCAAAAUUCCAUACAAUUUCCUUGGAAUGGCUGUACCACAAAUGAGCAAACUCUGCAUGUUGAGGAUAAGUCAGGCAGACAGUGAUAGUCCUCUACUUGUCUUGAAAUACUACCACUUGGAAAUAUUAAGCCUCUCCCUCAUUCACUGGUCAGGAAUCUUUUAGCUUAGUGGAAGUUUAGGUUAGGGAUUAAAGAGAAUUUAAUAGCUCAUUUAAAACCCAAGGGCUGAGUUGAUGUUAGGUAGGGGGACUGUAUGUUUUGGUUUGCCUGGGCCAGUCCCAGUUUGUGCCUGUUGCCCUGAAUUAUAUAUUACUAGUAGGCCCACUUACUUUCAGGUGUCCUGGUUUGGGACAUAAAAUGUAUGAUAACACUAACUUUAGGUCCAGAAUUCCAAUGCAAGGAGUGUUUGACUUCACCCUCAAACUAGGUUUCCAAGGUCGGAAAUUGGCCAUUGGCAUACCUUUUCUCCUGCCCUGUAACCUUCUGUCAGUUCUCCCAUAGGCUGCAGCGAGCCAGAAGCCAGCUGAGCCAGGAACCUGUGGGGCUCAGCCCCUAUGAUACAGAGCAAAUCAGGGGCAGGGACAGAAAAGGACCAAAGAACUGCCUCACUUCUCUUGGUCAUGUGCCCACAGGCAUUAUUUUCAGGGAAUCUUGGUCUAGCCUGAGUCACAUACCCACUGUGAAGGGAGGGAUGGGGGAUGACCUGGUUGAUGGGAUAUCCCAGAGGGGAAAGAGGACAGUUACAUCAAUGAUGGGUUGUCAGCAUCAAAUUGUUGAAGUGCUUCCACUAUAUCUCCUGACAAAAUACAAGUUAUCUCAUGGGAAAACAACCAUUUUCAGGAUUGUCAGUCAUUUCCCUUAUGCUGAAUGAGACUAUUUGAUCUUUGUCUGAGCAGGUUUAAUGGGGUAAGAAAAGCAAAUAAUUAUUUGGUGCACUGGAAGUUGUGGAGAGAGGAUAGGGACUAUAGGAGCCAAAGGGUGACUUAGAAAAUUUCAGGCAAGGGAGACUCAGAGUUUUCUUCUUGUAGAACAGGUUUUCAUGAUGUUACCUGGGGCCAGGUUGCUGUGUCUGAUUUAUACUGUGUGGUAGCAGUGCCUUACUACAGCCUUUUUGGUUGUGGUAGCACAGUUUCUUUGGGCAACAAACCAUGCUGACCUUUGGAUUUCCUUUCCUGGGUCUUAAUGGACAGUUUAGAGCUCACUGUUUAAGAGUCUGGAUUUCCUUUUCUCUUAUUCUUGAAAUCUUCCCAUUUUGAAAUUUAUCUUCCUUUUUUUUUCUGUUACCAACAAAGAGAGAUCAUUCUCAAGCUAAUUGGAAUCAGGGUGUCACUGUCUCAUUCAGAAGAGCUUGACAGUGCCCACUAGAUUAUACCAACCUGUCUACUGCUGGAGUUCUCUGGCUGUGUGGAACCCCCUAAUAUGACUCUGGAAUCUUAAAUACCUGGCUCCUUAGAUGAGGUCCAAGACAGGAUUAGGUUCUACCCAGGUGGAAGUGUGGAGGAUAAGAGGGAAGGAGCCAGUUACUAAGAAAAGAAAUACCUUCCUACUUAACAUUUUAAAAAUACUGUGCUAACCAUAUCAUGACAAAUUUAGAAGGUAAUCACAAGGUAUGUUUUUCAAAAAAUCAAAAUCCAUAAUUCCUUACCCUAUCAAUAAUGUGUUUUUCCAUUUCCCUUAUUCUCUUUGUUUGAAUACAUAAGAACUUAAAUAACUAUAAUUAUAGUAAAUGAAAUCUUAUUCUGAUUUUCACUUACAAUUACUCAGUCCUUAUAAUUGAUUGCAUAAUAUAGCAUAAGUUACAAAAUUCUAUUACUGGACAUCUAGAUCAUUUCAAUUUUUAAUAUUGUAGUGACACAUGAAUAAUAAACUAGUAUAUAUGUUUUUUCUUUUUUAAAAAUUAUUUACUUAAGAUAAAAUCUCAAGUCUAGGGUAAAUGUGUCAAAAGAAAAGGACAUUUGUUCAGAUUCCUUGUAUAUAUUACUAUAAUGCCUUGAAAACAUUUCAUUCAUAUGUCAAAAAUAUUUGGAGAACCAUAUACAUUUUUAAUAUAUUUGUUUACUUUUAGUUACUUAUAUGUGUUGUCUUAUCAACUGGGCUACUGUUAUUUUCUCUCAUAAAUUCAUGUGAGUUCCUUUCUAUUACAGUUAUUAGCCCUUUAAUCAUUACGUUUGGUAAAAAUAUUUUCCUAACUUACUGUUUUUCUCCCUUUUUAAUAUAACAAAAUGUUUACUCUGCAUUUGAUUCAAAACACUCCAAAGACUUAUUGAGCUUUAGGAUUUUUUGAAUUUAUAUGUCCUCAUAAAGGCAGAGUAUUUUUUGUUUUAUGGUAAGGAAUAUGUAAGGGACUAUGUAGAAACUUUUAAAAUGAAGAACAGGGACAUAAAUAACCAUUCCAACUGAGGCCAACUGGAUCAUGUAUGACAGACACAUGGCAUCUUGAGUAAGGUUCCAUGAUAUUAUUUUUCCCUCUCAAAUGUUUUCUGUCUCUUUGUGUUCAUCCACCUUUUCUUAAAAAUAAAACACCAAAUCUUGGAGAAGAGAGAGGAAGUUUUUUCUAGCAAUUAUCUAUUAACACACACACACACACACACAGAGAAAUUCAAACAGUGUUAUAUAUGUUUCAUCUAUAUUACUUCACUUACUUAUAGGUAACCUAUUAAAAUAUGUAUCUGAAAAAAUAUGUAUGUAAGUUGCUGAGAAACUGAUUAAGGAAAUCAGGAGGAAGGGAAAACAAUCAUAGGAACAAACAGUAAGAAGCCAGGGAUGAGAUUAGUACCCAAGGGAAGCAUGUCAUAGGGUCUUACAUUUCUGCUAGGAGUGGGCCACAGGUUAGACCAUAAGGUUCCUGACACCCAACAUAAAUAGGGAAACAUCAUCGCAUAAGUCACAUAUGUCACUUAACAGUUAAACAUUUCUUGGGAAAAACACAGUUAUUCUAACACUAUUUGAAAUUAGCAUUAAGUAUUCUUGAAAAUGUCCACUUGGGUAUGUUACUAAACGAGGGGGAAAAUUUUUGAAUGAACAGAAUGGCACAGCAGUUGGAAACACAGCAUAUCGACAUCCACGCUUGCCAGUUUGCUAAGUGCACACACUGAACAGUCAUGUGUAAUGUUCAGUGUUACUCCAAAGCAAUGCAAUACUAUACUUAAACAUACACUUACUCUUUGACUCAGCAAUUCCACAAGGUAUUUCAAGAGAAAAGAAAACACAUGUCCACACAAAACUUGUAUAAAAAUAUUACUGUCAGUUUUAUUCAUUGUUUACAAAACUUGGAAAUGACCAAAUGCCAUCAGCUGGUGAAAGCGAAAACAAAAUGUGGUCUAGCCAAACAACCAAAUACUAUUCAGCAAUAAAAAUAAGCACCUAUUGGUACACACAACAUGUGUGAAUCUCAAAAUCAUUAUGCUGAGUGAAAAAACCAGACUUAAAGAGGACAUGAUUCCAUUUGCGGCAUUCUAGAACAGGCAGAAUUAAUGCAUAGUAGUAGAGCAGUCUUCAGCAACUCACUUGUUAUACUGAAGUUUCUUGUGGUAUGUUAAGUGUGUGUCUUUGUAUAUAGCAUAGUAUUGUGUGUAGUGAAAAUGUUGGUAAAAAUAUUUUCCCCCAGUUUGUUUUCUCUCUGUUUAAUAAAAUAAAAUGCUUACUCUGCAUUUGAUUAAAAAAUAUCUGAAAGGCUC